GAUCAGUCAUGCUCCAGGGUCCCAUCCAUCCAUCAGAAGAAGCAAAGCUUACCACUAGCUAGUAUUCUGAGGGUGCUUUGAGAUCCUUGCUUCAAAGGAUCAGUGGAAAUAAAGAGCGUGACUCCCCCUCUGUGGCCGCGGAUCUCCAACACGGGACUCCAGGGGAGAAGGGGCUGGAUCGAGCUGCCUGAGGCAGCCAGCGUGACUUCUCCAGCGCCAGGACAAGGGAUGAGUGGGACGUGCCUGCAGAUGUCUCUAGCCUCCGACCACUUGCAUAGCACACAGGGGACUUGUGGGUGGCCACUUGCCACUGCCAACUGAAACAGUAUGAUGGCAACAUUGACAUCUUUCAUGACGUUUCCACAACAGACAUUCAAGCGGAAAGUGCUGACGAAUUUUCUGUCUUCAAAGUAGAGGGCCAUGCCUCACCCAUGUGAAUAGUUUGGGCCCCAAUGACCUGCUCUGAGUCCACUCACAGCCAGUGACACUUGCAAAAAAACUCCCAAAGCCCAUCUUGGGUUUGGCUUCCGCAGCUCUUGACCAAUGUGGCCAAAGCCAGACACCACCUUGGGACACUUGGAUUAUUCAUAAAUGCAGCCUACCCCAGCCCUCCCUGAAUAGCAUCUGAAUUCUCUGGGGAGGUCAUGGAUCCUGAACAAAGUGUCAAGGGCACCAAGAAGGCUGAGGGAAGUCCCCGGAAGCGGCUGACCAAAGGAGAAGCCGUGCAGGCCAGUGUUUCGUCCAGCGCCCCGUACCCAGGGAGCAGCACGGCUGUCCCCCAAGAGGGCCCCCUCCAGGAGCUCCUAGCCCCACAGCCCUUCUCGGGCCCUGCGUCAGUUCUUAGGGAAGGCUCUCAGGAGAAAACAGGCCAGCAGCAGAAGCCCCCCAAGAGGUCCUCCAUUGACACCUCCAUCCCCAUCUCACAGCUUCCGCAGCACCCUCUGACACCAGCAUUCAUGUCGCCUGGCAAACCGGAGCAUCUCCUAGAGGGGUCCACGUGGCAGCUGGUCGACCCCAUGAGACCUGGACCCUCAAGCUCUUUCGUGACCCCUGGGCUUCAUCCGUCAGGCCAGCUCCUCCCUUCCCACGCUUCCAUCAUCCCUCCUGAGGACCUGCCUGGCCUCCCCAAAGUCUUUGUGCCCCGUCCCUCCCAGGUGUCCUUGAAGCCCCCAGAAGAGGCACACAAGAAGGAGAGGAAACCCCAGAAGCCAGGCAAGUACAUAUGUCAGUACUGCAGCCGGCCCUGCGCCAAACCCAGUGUGCUCCAGAAACAUAUCCGCUCGCACACCGGCGAGAGACCCUACCCCUGUGGCCCCUGCGGCUUCUCGUUCAAGACCAAGAGUAACCUGUACAAGCACAGGAAGUCCCAUGCCCACCGCAUCAAAGCUGGCCUGGCCUCAGGAGUGGGCAGCGAGAUGUACCCCCCGGGGCUGGAGAUGGAGAGGGUCCCCGGGGAGGAGUUCGAGGAGCCCACGGAGGGGGAAAGCACAGAUUCGGAGGAGGAAACGGGCAGCGCAUCCGCCCACCCUGCAGAGCUCUCCCCCAGGCCUAAGCAUCCCCUUCUGUCCAGCGGUCUGUAUAGCUCCGGGAGCCAGGGCUCCAGCCACGAGCGCUGUUCCCUGUCCCAGUCCAGCUCGGCCCCGUCGCUCGAGGAUGCCGCUCCGUUCACGGAGCCCUCGUCAGAACACCCCCUGAGCCAGAAACCCGAAGACACCCACACCAUAAAGCAGAAGCUGGCCCUCCGUUUGAGUGAGAGGAAGAAGGUGAUGGACGAGCAGGCAUUUCUGAGCCCAGGCAGCAAAGGGAGUACAGAAUCUGGGUAUUUCUCCCGCUCUGAGAGCGCCGAGCAGCAGGUCAGCCCCCCAAACACCAACGCCAGGUCCUACGCAGAGAUCAUCUUAGGCAAGUGCGGGCGGAUCGGGCAGCGGACCGCCAUGCUGACGGCCACCUCCACCCAGCCCCUCCUGCCCCUGGCCGCUGAAGACAAGCCCAGCCUGGUGCCUUUGUCUGUGCCCCGGACGCAGGUCAUCGAGCACAUCACCAAGCUCAUCACCAUCAACGAGGCCGUGGUGGACACCAGCGAGAUCGACAGCGUGAAGCCAAGGAGGAGCUCGCUGUCCAGGCGCAGCAGCAUGGAGUCACCCAAAUCCAGCCUCUACCGGGAGCCCCUGUCGUCCCACGGCGAGAAAGCCACCAAGCCCGAACAAUCACUGCUGAGCCUCCAGCACCCGCCCAGCACCACCCCCCCUGUGCCUCUGCUGAGAAGCCAUUCAAUGCCUUCUACCACCUGCACCCUCAGCACCCCCCAUCACACCUUCCGAGGUAGCUACUCCUUCGACGACCACGUUGCCGACCCGGAAGCCCUGAGCCGCAGCAGUCACGUGUUUACCUCCCACCCCCGGAUGCUCAAGCGCCAGCCGGCCAUCGAACUACCUUUGGGAGGGGAGUACAGUUCAGAGGAGGCAGGGCCCAGUAGCAAAGACACGGCCUCCAAGCCCGCGGACGAGCCAGAAGCCAAGGAAAGCGAACUCACCAAAAAGACAAAGAAGGGUUUGAAGACGAAAGGGGUGAUCUAUGAAUGUAACAUAUGUGGUGCUCGGUACAAGAAGAGGGACAACUACGAAGCCCAUCGAAAGUACUACUGCUCAGAGCUUCAGAUCUCGAAGCCCGUCUCUGCAGGUGGUGCUCAUGCGUCCCCGGAGGCGGAAAAGAGCCAGGCCGAGCAUGAGCCCUGGUCCCAGAUGAUGCAUUACAAACUGGGGACCACCUUGGAACUCACGCCACUGAGGAAGAGGAGGAAAGAGAAGAGCCUUGGGGAUGAGGAAGAGCCACCGGCCUUCGAGUCGACGAAAAGUCAGUUCAGCAGCUCCGGCCUGUCGGAUGCGUCUCGGAACCUUCCCCUGGAGUCCGCCAAGUCACCAGCAGAGCCGAGUAAGUCAGUGCCCUCCCUGGAGGGACCCACAGGCUUCCAGCCAAGGACUCCCAAGCCAGGGUCUGGUCUAGAGUCAGGGAAGGAGAGGAGAACAACAUCCAAAGAAAUCUCUGUCAUCCAGCACACCAGCUCCUUCGAGAAGUCCGACUCUCUGGAACAGCCCAGCGGCUUGGAAGGGGAAGACAAGCCCCCGGUCCCGUUCUCCUCCCCUCCCCCUGCCCCGCAUGGACGCUCAGCCCACUCCCUGCAGCCCAGGCUGGUCCGCCAGCCCAACAUUCAGGUCCCCGAGAUCCUGGUGACUGAGGAGCCCGACCGGCCAGACACGGAGCCUGAGCCGCCCCCUAAGGAACCCGAGAAGACAGAGGAAUUCCAGUGGCCCCAGCGCAGCCAGACGCUUGCCCAGCUCCCAGCUGAGAAGCUGCCACCCAAGAAGAAGAGGCUGCGCCUGGCAGAGAUGGCCCAGUCGUCGGGGGAGUCCAGCUUUGAGUCGUCCGCACCCCGGUCUCGCAGUCCCAGCCAGGAGAGCAGUGUCUCCCUGAGCGGGUCCAGCCGCUCCGCCUCCUUCGAGAGGGAUGACCACGGAAAAGCCGAGGCCCCUGGGCUCUCAUCCGACCCACGCCCCAAACCCUUGGGCACCCACAUGCUGACUGUCCCCAGCCACCACCCACACGCCCGAGAGAUGCGGAGGUCAGCCUCAGAGCAGAGCCCCAACAUCUCCCAUUCUGCCCAUAUGACUGAGACACGCAGCAAAUCAUUCGACUAUGGCAGCUUGUCCUUGGCAGGCCCCUCUGUGCUGGCCCCAGCAACCCCCGUGGCCCCCGUGGUCCCGCCGGCCCCACCAGAGAGAAGGAAAUGCUUUUUGGUGAGACAGGCCUCUCUGAGCAGGCCUCCAGACACCGAGCUAGAGGCCACCCCCAAGGGGAGACAGGAGAGCGAGGAACCAAAGCCCUCAUGCAGUAAACCUUCCACCAAAAUCUCAUUGCUCCAGAGUUCCUCAGCGGCCACCUCGAACAGCGGGCACCCGGGAGGCAAGAGCCAGGUGCAGGACAGACCCCCACUAGGGUCCACUCCACCCUACACAGAAGCCCUGCAGGUGUUUCACCACCCCAUUGCCCAGCUGCCCCUGCAUGAGAAGCCGUACCUGCCCCCGCCCGUCUCCCUUUUCUCCUUCCAGCACCUCUUACAGCAUGAGCCGGGACAGUCUUCAGAGUUCUUCUCCACCCAGGCCAUGUCCAGCCUCCUCUCCGCACCAUACUCUAUGCCCCCUCUUCCUCCCUCUUUAUUUCAAGCCCCGCCACUUCCUCUCCAGCCUACCGUGCUGCACCCCGGCCAGCUCCCCCUCCCCCAGCUCCUGCCUCACCCAGCCAGCAUCCCCUUCCGGCAGCCCCCUUCGUUUCUCCCCGUGCCCUACCCAGCCUCAUCAGCACUCUCUUCUGGAUUCUUCCUGCCUCUGCAAUCCCAGUUCUCGCUUCCACUCCCUGGGGAUGUGGAAAGCCAUCUGCCCCAGAUCAAAACCAGCCCUGCCCCACUGGCAACAGGAAGCACGGGCCUUUCCCCCAGCACAGAGUACGGCAGUGAUGUCCAGCUGCCCCCCAGGGAUCCCCCAGCCAGCUGCUCAGCACCCACAUCAGCCCCUCCGCCUACCCUGCCGGCCUGUCCCGACGCCACGGUGUCCCUGGUUGUGCCGGUCCGCAUUCAGACCAACAUGCCGUCCUAUGGGAGUGUCAUGUACACCACCCUCUCCCAGCUCCUGGUCACCCAGUCCCAAGGCAGCUCAGCAACUGCACCUCUUCCCAAGUGUGAGGAGCCCCCAUGCAAAGGGACGACAGUGUGUGGGACAGACGUGUACGAGGUCAGGCCUGGCUCAGCUGGGGGAAGUGAAGAGCAGAGCAGAGGCUUCCCGACUCCAUACUUGAGAGUGCCUGUGACGUUACCAGAAAGAAAAGGCACUUCCCUGUCAUCAGAGACUGUUGUGAGCUUGGAGGGGAGUUCUUCCACAGUCGGGGGGAGCAAACGCGUCCUUUCACCGGCUGGCAGCCUGGAACUUACCAUGGAAACCCAGCAGCAAAAAAGGGUGAAGGAAGAGGAGGUUUCCAAGGCGGAUGAAACACUCGAGCUGGUAAAACCAUGCAGCGUGGUGCUCACCAGCACAGAGGACAGCAAAAGGCCAGAGAAAUCCCACCUGGGCAGCCAGGGCCAGGGCAGGAGGGAGCUAGAAACAGCAUCCAGCCUAUCCUCAGAUCCUUCUGACCCAAAGGAAAUGACUCCCCUUCCGCACUCUUCAUUGCCCCAUGCAACAACCCCAGGCUCAGAGGCAUUGAAGGAAUACACCCAGCCAUCCAGUAAGCCUCACCGAAGAGGGCUGCCCCCACUGAGUGUGAAGAAAGAAGAUUCCAAGGAACAACCUGACCUCCCUCCACUGGCACCUUCCAGCUCGCUGCCUCUGUCAGAAACGUCCCCCAGGCCAGCCAAGUCACAAGAAGGUACGGACUCAAAGAAGGUACUGCAGUCCCCCAGCCUCCACACGACCACUAAUGUCAGUUGGUGCUAUUUAAACUACAUUAAGCCAAAUCACAUCCAGCAUGCAGAUAGGAGGUCCUCUGUUUACGCUGGUUGGUGCAUAAGUUUGUACAACCCCAACCUUCCGGGGGUUUCCACUAAAGCUGCUUUGUCCCUCCUGAGGUCUAAGCAGAAGGUGAGCAAAGAAACAUACACCAUGGCCACAGCUCCGCAUCCUGAGACAGGAAGGCUUGUGCCAUCCAGCUCCCGCAAGCCGCGCAUGACAGAGGUUCACCUCCCUUCGCUGGUUUCCCCGGAAGGCCAGAAAGAUCUAGCUAGAGUGCAGAAGGAAGAAGAGAAGCGAGGGAAGCCGGAGGAGGACGCUCCCGCCUCCAAACGAGGGGAGCCAGCGAGGAUCAAAAUCUUCGAAGGAGGGUACAAAUCAAACGAAGAGUAUGUAUAUGUGCGAGGCCGCGGCCGAGGGAAAUAUGUUUGUGAGGAGUGUGGAAUUCGCUGCAAGAAGCCCAGCAUGCUGAAGAAACACAUCCGCACCCACACUGACGUCCGGCCCUAUGUGUGCAAGCACUGUCACUUUGCUUUUAAAACCAAAGGGAAUCUGACUAAGCACAUGAAGUCGAAGGCCCACAGCAAAAAGUGCCAAGAGACAGGGGUGCUUGAGGAGCUGGAAGCCGAAGAAGGAACCAGUGAUGACCCGUUCCAGGACUCAGAAGGGCGAGAGGGCUCAGAGGCCGUGGUGGAGCACCAGUUUUCAGACCUGGAGGACUCGGACUCAGACUCAGACCUGGACGAAGACGAGGAUGAGGAUGAAGAGGAGAGCCAGGACGAGCCAUCGGGACCGGCCUCGGAGGCACCCCCGCCUGGCCCGCUGGCCCCGCUGCCGGCAGACUCCUCCCCCGGUCCGGGCCCUGAGCCCCCCGAUGCCACCUCGGGCAGCCAGGCCACGCGGGGCAGCUUGGGGUUGGAAGCAGAGCUCUUGGCAGCUGGCAGUGGCUCCAUGUCCUGCCUCAGCACCCCGUGCCUCCCCCGGCUGGGACCGGCCCCUCCAGGCCCAGUGGAGAAGGACACAGGCUCAGCCCUGAGCUCCAAGGCUGUGUCCCCAAGAAGGCCGUGGUCCCCAAGCAAAGACGCAGGCAGCCGCCCACCACUGACCCACAAACACUCACUAACCAAAAGCGACUCGUCUCCCCAGCGACACUCACCGGCCCGAGAGCCACAGGCCUCCACCUCAAGCCCACCUGGCCCCCCGACGGGCCCUCUCCCUUGUAGGUCUCCAAGACUCGAGCAAUCUCCUCUCACCCCCCACCCCCUGGGAAGGGAACUGCCCUCUCGAGUGCAUCCGCCCCCCGAACGCAAGGGGGCCCCGGACCUGGGCCCCCCCAGACACUCACCCACCAGGAGACGGUCCCCGGGCCAGGCCGAGUCACCGCCACGGUCGGCACUGCCAGGGAAGUGGGCCUUGGCUGGGCCGGGCAGCCCCUCAGGAGGCGAAAGCGGCCCAGGCUCGGGGCUGGCCCCGCGGGCUCUCUACCCGCCCGUGCCUCUACCUCACAAGCUUCUUGGCAGAAGCCCCGAGACCUACACCUCCACGUGGCAGAAGACCGCAUCCCGGAGUCCCUCCUGCUCACCAGGCCCUGCUCAUCCUCCCUCUUCCCGACCCUUCUCAGCCCCCCAUGACUUCCAUGGCCACACCCCAGCCCGGACAGAGGAGAACAUCUUCAGCCAUCUCCCUCUGCACUCCCAGCACUUGACCCGUGCCCCGUGCCCCCUGAUUCCCAUCGGCGGGAUCCAGAUGGUGCAGGCCCGGCCGGGGGCCCACCCCACCCUGCUGCCAGGGCCCACCACCGCCUGGGUCAGUGGCUUCUCAGGAGGUGGCAGUGACCUGACAGGGGCCCGGGAGGCCCAGGAGCGAGGCCGCUGGAGUCCCACCGAGAGCUCGUCAGCCUCCGUGUCCCCUGUGGCUAAGGUAUCCAAAUUCACACUCUCAUCGGAGCUGGAGGGCAGGGACUACCCCAAGGAGAGGGAGAGGACGAGUGGGGGCCUGGGCAGACCUCCUGACUGGGAGCCCCGAGUGGCUGAGGUGCCCACAGAGUCCGUGCCCACCCACAGCCCCCACACCCCGCCCGAGGUCUUGCCCCGGCUACCCCAAGGCCGCAGGCCAGAGUCCUGGAGCCCCCGCUUGGAGUCACCACGCACGUUGGCCAACCCCGUGGCCUCCGCCGCCUCGCCCCUGGACCGCAGCAGUUCCGUGGGCUGCCUGGCAGAGGCCUCCACUCACUUCCCAGCCCGGAGGAGGAACCUCUCUGGGGAACCCAGGACCAGUCAGGGCUCCCCCGAGCCCUCAGGAAGUGGGGGGCCUGAGGCACUUCCACACCAGCCCAAGGACAGGGGCCCCCCAAGCACUUAGCCUCUCUCCGACUGCUUCAGCAUCUGGCUUCCGGUGUUCAGCAACAGACAUUUCCAGCCAACUUCCUCGAAUCAUCUUGCUCUCACAGGCUCCUUCUCCCAUCUGUCCGUCUGUCCAAACAGCUUCUGCUCAGCACCCAACUGUUCUAUCUUCCCACGUUUGCAGUUUCCUGUGCCUUUUUCUGUACCUUUUGUUGCUUGAAAAGAAACAAACAAAACACACGC